CUCCGUCACGUAACGUUAAAGCAGCCGAAAGAUCUUAGCAUUCACUGCUAUAUAAAGACAUGGCUUUUGGUCGUUCAAGGUUACCUCUAUUUGUAGUUUUGGUCUGUGGUGCAGCUAUUCCAUUGUUUUACGUAGUAAAAAGAGCAACAUUGAAUGGAGGAUACACUCCUUGGUCGGACUGGAGCGUUUGUUCGAGUGAUUGCGGCGACGGAAUUCGCUUCAGAACUAGAGAUUGUGCGAAUCCUGUCCCCGGCAGAUUCGGCCAGACGUGUCUUAAACAAAGCCUUGGGCAACCAAAGGAAGAAGAAAAUUGUAAGAUUAAGGAAUGUCCCAUAGAUGGGGGAUUCACAAAUUGGGGUGACUUUGGCGAGUGUUCCACAACGUGUGGAAAUGACGGUGUCAAGAAAAGGAAGAGGUCUUGUACAAAUCCAAGUCCGCAAUACGAUGGAGCACCUUGCGAAGGCGCCGACGAAGGAAGUGAGUCCUGCAACGUGAAACCAUGUCCUGUCGACGGUAGGUUUACCAAUUGGGGAAAUUUUGGCGACUGCGAUAAAUCAUGCGGAUCGGGAGUUAAGAGACGAACGCGAACAUGUUCGAAUCCACCGCCGGCUCAUGGUGGAAAAAACUGCGAGGGUCCAGUGGAUGAGGUUGAAGAGUGCAACACUGCACCCUGCGCGGUAAAUGGCGGGUUCACGAACUGGUCUGAGUUCGGAAGUUGUAGCAAGACUUGUGGCUCUGGCGUCCAAGCCAAAAAUCGUAAUUGUUCACAACCAGCCCCAGCGAAUGGAGGUAAAGAUUGCGAAGGACCCUCUGAAGAAACACAAGCUUGCAACACAGAUCCUUGUCCUAAUAUUGGGGCUUAGGGUUUUGGAACUCAAAGACAGUUUAUUGAGAAAUGUUCAUGGUUCCUUUGGAGAAAGAGAGAGUUCCGCCUUUAUCCCUAUUCAAUGCUAGUUUGUUAAUACACUACCGCCGUUUUCAAAGCACUAACAAAUGCAAAAACCGGUAUAUUUUCAUAAACAAAUAUUUAUUUAUACUGCAUUUAAGGUGUCUUAUCGCUUCUUCGCACAAAACGCACUUCGGCAGGGUGUAUUUCAACUCCGAAUUUAGACUUUCAAGAGUGCAUUAUGUAGAGUUCUUCGGUAACGAACACAGGGAAAGUAAAACAAAACGCUACAUAGGACAACUAUGUCCCACUUUGUCUUAACAAGAUCUCCAAAACAAUACCCUCUAAUAAUUAAUGCAUAAAAACCAACGUGAUAAAUUGUUUGAACUGACGACAUUUUUCCCUAAGAAUUAAAAAUAUGUGUGUUGAAGUAAAGAUAACCAUUAUAGCUUAUGACACAAAGCAAGUCAUCUUGUGAACUUAAGGGUGUUAUUGCCAUCAGAUGCAGUUGAUACCGGAAUCACUGGAUAGUCAAUGAUUCAGUUAUUCGCAUAAAGAGUGCUGCUGCUGAUGUUACGGCGGCACGUUCCAGAUGGCUACCCACAACUUAAUUUUAUUUGACAGAUUGACGAAAUUUUGACGGUAGUCUGGAGGACUGACAUCGACUGAUAUGCGCCCACACUUCCAGAAAUCCUUGGUUUUCUGUAUAGGUUUUAGUCUUUGUAGAUCGGAAACUUUUCUAAAAUUAAAAAAAUGUAUUCAAGGAUAAGUUUAACGUUGUUGUCAAAAUUGUAGGGUAU